CACACACACACACACACACACACACACAUCUGGAUUACACUCUGGGAACUGGAUCUGGUUUCUGGAGGAUCUCCACAUGUCUACACCUGUGCAGCUGGAGCCGGUCAUGGAGAGGACUUAUGAGGGAGUGGGCCGCUGUAAAUGCUCCUUCUGGUUCGCUGUGGCUCAUGAUAUUCUGGGAACUUUCCUCAUGCUGGUGGGGGUGUUCGGAGGGCUGGUCGUCCACGAUCUGUUCAUCUACGGCGGGGGCAUCAUCAUCUUCCUCAGCCUCAUCUGGUGGGUGUUCUGGUACUCUGGGAAUAUAGAAGUGCCCCCCGAGGAGCUGGAGGACGACGUGGGUUUGAUCAAGCUGAGGAACCGGGGGCUGGGUCGGGCCGUGAGGCAGAUGUCGGACAGAUUCUCCUCCACGGUCAGAAACUCUUUCAGGAGGAACAGACCUUCAAACACUGAGGUGUCGCUGUCCACCGUCUUUGAAAGCAACAUGUCUUCUCCGUCCACAUCUCCGUCUAAAUACCUUGAGAGGGACACAUUAUCAAUAUGAACCUAAAUGACUCUGAACUUGGACUUAUUUGCUUCCUUUUUGCACGUGAAAGAGAUUUUGUGUGUGUGUGUUUGCUCUGCAUACACGCUCCUGUAAUGAUUAGACAACACUGAUGUCUUGUCUAGAUAACAUCCGUUUCAAGCUGAUAAGAUGUACACUUUGCACACUACAACAACAUCAGUCAUAUCUGUCAAUAUUUUAGUUGAUUCUUGAAUCUUGGUGACUAUAAAUAGAAAAUAAAAGUUAUAUUAAGAGAUUUGUUAUGGUGAAGCUUUUCUUUUGGAUAAAAUGUUACCGGAAUAUUUGAAGCUGCCUUUUUGCAGCAGUGUGCAUUUAACCAACACAGCAACAAUAACACAGUUUUUACUUAUUUAUUUUAUGCAUAAUGGUAUUCAUCCUUUAUAAUCUCACCUGCUUUAUAAAUACAGUUAUCUAUA